AUGACCAAACCUCAACCAGUUGGAAUCGCUGAGAAAAAGGCAGUGUCGCAAAGGCGACUUUCUGAUCUCACUAAUCCAAAGGCCACGGCUAUCGUCAAAGUGGGAAAGAUGCUACUGUGGGAUGGACCACUCCCCUCGGGAUCUCAGCUUGAAUCUUCACCAGGUAGCCUUGGUCGGUCGAUGACAGAAGAAAACUACCUCUGGCGUAGAGUAAGCUGCGCUCUCCACGAAAAUGGCACCUUUCGCCUUCUCAGCGAGAUCGACAGUCAGGUUCUCUCGGUGACAUUAUUGCCACAACUUUCGCGCUGUGCAAUUCAGCGACUGGACGAAAGUGUGCUGCGGAUGCCACACUGUAUUGCGAUUUACCCUCAUUAUCGUGUCCAAACCCCUGCUGUCGGGCUUUCGAGACCCAUGGUCUUGUGCUUAGAAUCCAAUGUCGCACUCGAAGCCUGGUUUGUCUUACUACGAGCUCUGACGGUGCCGGAGUUAUAUGGCCCAGAACAAUUGUCUCCCGAGGACGCACAGGCUUUGUCGUACCCAUCUCAACACAGCAACAACGUCUCUACGCAGGGCAUGUUUCGGAUAGAGCGAUCUCUUUCGAUCAAAAUAACCGAGGCAAAGUUUACCCAGCGGUCGGCUCCAAUGGAUACCUAUGAAUACAACAAGGGAAAGGGGAAAUCUGCAAAAGUUGAGCAGAGCAAAGAAGGGGUAUACGCGGAGAUCAUGCUGGGCAAGGACUUGCGGGCCCGGACCUCAACCAAGCAGACGAUUUCUUCGGCCUUUUGGGCGGAAGAGUUCAAUUUACCAGACAUUCCCGCAGCUUUGUCCAAGAUUACCAUCGCAGUCAAGCUCGGAAAUCCUGCAGAGAAAGAAUGGACGAUGGUCGCUGAUAGCCUCUACGAUAUCUCGGCGGAUGCUGGCUACCUUUCCGGCCUCGGCGGCUUGGAGAUCUCGUCCCACGAUCCGAUCUAUGGGAGGGUGGACGUCUCGAUCGAUGAAUUGGAACGUAGUGGCACUAUCGACAAGUGGUGGCCUUUGUUGGACAACAGCGAUCGUUCCGUUGGCACGCUUCUGGCUCGAUUUACGCUGGACGAGACGGUUAUUCUGAUGGAGUCCGAGUACGAAGAAUUUGCCACUCUUUUGCAAAACUACACGAAUGGCUUGACAACACAAAUCGCUCAUCUCCUGGGACCCGAUCUUCGACAAUUGUCGGACAUCCUUCUGGACAUAUUCCAGGCGUCGGGCACUGCCACUGACUGGAUUAACAACCUUGUGGAGGAAGAAAUUGACGGCAUCUACAAAGAUACACCCCCAAUGCGAAUGCGCUUCAGUGGCCGCAUCCACUCCAAUGAUUCGUACGAGUCGGCCGAGCAGAGAGAAAUGCUAGUCCGUGACCUCAGUCGAUCAGCUACAAUGGAGGCCAAUUUACUUUUCCGGGGCAAUUCCCUCGUCACCAAGGCACUAGAUGCUCACAUGCGCAGACUGGGAAGAGACUAUAUGGAGGAUGUCUUGGGUGAAAAAUUGCGCAAGAUCAUCGAAAAAGAUCCUGACUGCGAAGUCGAUCCCAGCAGAGUCCGGUCGCCAGAUCAGCUCGACAGGAACUGGGCCAACUUGUUGUUUCUCACCAGUGAAAUUUGGAAGUCGAUCUAUGCCUCCGCGGCUCAGUGUCCAAUGGAUUUGCGCGUCGUUUUCCGCCACGUCCGGUCUUGUGCAGAGGACCGAUAUGGCUCUUUUAUUCGGACGGUCAAGUACACGAGCGUCUCCGGUUUUCUGUUCCUUCGUUUCUUUUGUCCUGCAAUUUUGAAUCCGAAACUCUUCGGCUUAAUCCAGGAUUUGCCCCCUGACCGCACGAAGAGGACUUUUACAUUGAUUGCAAAAUCACUCAAUGUUCUUGCAAACUUGGCACGAUUCGGCACCAAAGAGCCUUGGAUGGAACCCAUGAACAAGUUUUUGGCGGCGUCAACGAAUCAGUUCAGAGCCUACAUCGACGAGAUAUGUUCCGUCAGCUCCUCCCAGAUUGCUUCGGCUAAACUUGAGCCUCAAUAUGCUGCGCCAAAUCAGAUACGAGGCCGACUUCCAGCCCUGUCCCGCGAGGGCCUCCCCAGCCUUCCAUUCCUUCUGGACCAUGCAAAGCUGAUGGCACAGCUCAUCGACCUCUGGGUUACGCAUGCUCCUGAAAACAUUAGCGAAGCAACUGACGACGAGGCUGUGCAAGCAUUUCAUGCGGUGUGCGUGAGGCUUUCGCAAAGAAGCAAAGAAUGCCUGAAGGCUGCGGAGCAAGCUGAACGGCCCGACGAAAGGUCGGAACAUACCUGGCAACGGCUUGUAUCAGACCAGCAAAAUCCUAUGGCGCCUAACAAUACUUUCGAAGUGACCUUACGAAGAUCACAGAGGGACAAUGAGAUCACGGCUCUUCCCCAAACGGCAGACACCGUGGCAGAUGUAGAAUACAAGAAUAUUGAACUCUCUCCAACUGUUGGAGAAGGCGAUACGACACCAUCUAGCUCAACAUCAGCGUGGGAAAGACGGAUUCCCUACCCUCAACGGGCAGCAGAGACCCGAACAAUGACAGACUCGACGAAUUCAUCAACUGAUGCAGUUGAUAUGGUUGAAGAUGCUCGGCGGCCAAUGUCCAGCAGCCGCGAUGGUCCGGCCAAAAGCCGGUUGUUUGAAUUAAUGAGUUCUUCUUCACGGCGGAGAGGAAAAACUGGGGAUCGCAGUUACGUGGACGACGACGGGCACGAGCUUUGA